CGCCGGAUGGACAAUGCUCAUUACAGAUACAUACAAAACCCACUCGAGCUUCAACAUCAUAAAUAGCUUCCUCCCACACAAAACCAACAGUUCGUGGCACAUACUACAACUAUUCAGGCCAACGGUGGAUAUUCGGCUGAGGACGAACACCGGGUCGAGAUUCGAACGAGCAUGGCGAAAACUUCAUCGGCGAAUACCGAUAGUCAAGCGACCGCUAUUCAACAGCCCCUCCUACUCGAGCCAGACUUUCCACUCGAUCAAUCCCAACAUCCUGCCCUGCAGAAUAAUGGACGUGAUUCUUACAACAAUCCCCCGACUCCGUUGCCUCUCAAGCAGAUCUUUGUCCUCUGUCUUAUGCGUCUAACAGAGCCCAUUUCGUUUACCGUCAUCUUUCCAUUUAUCAACAAAAUGAUAGAAGAUUUGAAUAUUGUACCUCGGACCCAAGUUGGAACGUAUGCUGGAGUAAUAGAAAGUCUCUUUGCCCUUUCCCAAUUUUCUACCGUGCUGUUUUGGGGACGAUUGUCGGACCGGAUUGGCCGUAAGCCGGUGCUCUUGACCGGCUUGAUGGGUCUGUCCAUUGGGAUUAUUCUCUUCGGCUUGCAGCGAACAUUCGUUGGCUUGGUGAUUGCCAGAUCUUUUGCUGGCGCCAUGAAUGGAAACAUCGCCGUGGUCAAGAGCUCGAUGGCUGAGAUCACGGAUGAAAGUAACAAAGCCCGGGCUUUCCCGCUUCUUCCAUUAUGUUGGGCCAUCGGAUUAAUGAUUGGCCCGGCGAUUGGUGGAUACACAGCCGAGCCCGCCAAGCAAUAUCCGCACUCGAUCUUCGCCAGACACCCCUUCUUCUCGACCUACCCUUACUUCGUCCCUUGUCUUUUGGCGGGACUCUUUAACAUCUUGGCUGUCGUCCUGGGCACACUGUAUUUGGAGGAGACUUUACCAAGUAAAGUACUGAAGGCACAGAAACGAUCUGCUGAAGUCUCUCAUGAUGAUAGUCUGGAGGACCAGGAAAGACCAGAUCCGGCUGAACGAGCCCGAACUUUGAAAGAAUUAUUGACAAGUGACUUGGUGACUCUGUUGAUCAGUUUUGGGUUCAUGGCUCUUGAGAAUUCGGCUUGGAUGGCAAUCGUCCCAUUAUUCUCAUACACCCGCGUGGAAGAUGGUGGGCUCGGAUUGACUCUCGAUCAGAUCGGCUUGACGCUCAGUUCGAACGGAGUCGUUGCUCUGGUUGUUCAGAGCAUAUUAUUUCCCAUAUUGCAUCGUCGGUUGGGGGUGGUCCAUUUGCACCGGAUCUCGAGGUUUUCCUCUCCCAUAGCAUUUGUCGGUUUGCCCAUGGUUCGAACCAUCUCUCUUCUAUUCCCCGACAAAUCUAAGGCUACCUCUGUAGCAAUCAUCGGAAUGAUCGUCAUUAUUGCUAUCAAGAGCGUCGGAAAUAUGACCAUAGUCUGCAUGACCCUGUUGAUCAAUGAUUCCGCACCAAAUCGCGCUUCUCUCGGCUCUAUCAAUGGACUCGGCCAAUCAGUCUCCUCCUUCUCAAGGGCUAUAUCCCCUUUCCUGGUCGGGAAGCUAUUCUCAAUCUCUUUGGCCGCUGGGAAAUCUCCUGAAAAUUCGGCCAUUCAAAAGGAUUUGAUUUGGUACUAUCUCAUUAUUGUUGCGUUGAUUGGAUAUUCGACUACUUGGAUGAUUAAGCCUGUCCAGAAGGAACCGAUCCGGAAUCCAGAACGAGAACCGUUGUUAGACAGUGAAGACGCUUCGACAAGCAGGCUUCCCGGACGUGGGGAAGAACAAAGAUUGAUAACGGAUGCUGGAUCCAGACCGCACUAUGGAACUUGAUUCAACACCUUACUUUUAUCCUUUUUUUUAUUUGGAAGGUCACAUAGACGGAACCGAAAAACAUUGUUGUAUAUCAGCUUGUAAAACACAAGGAGGCAUGGCUGUUAUUAGUUGGGUCAUCGUCAAGUUCGCGCCUGAAUCGGCAUCGUCAUAACCUCUCAUAUCUGUUUGGAAUAUGCAGCACGAUCGCUCAUCUUCUCUUCGUAGCAAUUGCCAUCAAGCAAACCCCUUUUUUCAUUUCGUUGCAAUUCAAACAUGAC